AAGAUAAAGGAAAGAUCAUUUUCAAACAAAAUUUUCUCAUCUUAGUCCAAUUCCAAACAAAUCAGGGUUUCAAUCAAAUCAUGUCUUAUCCAUCUAUAUAUGUGAUCUUGCAGAGAAUAGCAAGCACAAAACACGAAACUUAACCAAUAUCAUAUCACUACCAUACUGAAGUUGCAAAAAGAGGGUAUCUUUUUUCUUUGUUUCAGAUUGUUGCUUUAAGCUGAGACUUUGCAUGCAGUUGCAGGUAGAGGAAAUCAAGGGAGAAAAGUGUGGGUUAAAGGCUGAAGUGGUUUACUAUAUAUAUUGCUUCUUCAUUGAACCAAAGGGAGAUGUUAGUUUAUUUGGUUCGUUUUUUCAAGGGUUAAUAAUAUAUUAAACUUACUAGAAUCAUCAUGGAAUCUGCAAAUCUUCAUCCUCAUGGCAAUAAGGUUCAAGAGCAGUAUCUUAAGUAUUCCUCUCUGGGAACUCCAACAAGCCAUCAAGUUUCAACCAUAGAUGAAUGGAAUCAAAACCUCUUCCCGAAUAUUGGUAGUAAAUACAAUAGGGAUCUGAAUGAAACCAUAUCAAAAUCAAGGGAUCCAUGGCAAGUGCCGCCCUUGAUAAGGACUUCCAUGAACCAAGAUAGCUUCAUCCAACAAUCUGCAAGUGAAUUUCUCAUUGCAAAUAUCAAAGAUGAGAUGUCGGAUUCCUUCCCCAAACUGAGUGAGAUGAUGUACCACCAUCCACAAUAUUCAAGUACUCAUCAUGACAAUCUAUGGCACAGCAGUUUCCCCAUUUCUAACAACAUGACUGAGCUGCAUCUUUCCUCAGGAGAGUUGCACAGCAAUGAUCAUCAUCCGCCACCAUAUUUAGGAACUACGUCAUCAGCUAGCAGAUACGAUUUCAAUCACAUCUUUCAAAGUACAAGUAUUUCAACCUCGGAUUUGUGUUCCACAUUGUUUUCUAGCUCUUUGGACCUGAACCUGAAAUCCUUGGAUCUUUUGACCUCAACAUAUGAUGGUGGAAGUUGUAAUCAAUCUUUAAUCGAUAUUCCUGGGAAAUUAAACAGAAGUGUGUUUAUGGGCCAUGAAUCCCUUGAUCACAGAAGAGAACAUAGUGAUGAUACGUCCACCGGUUCCAAACAUAAGGUAUCAGCCUUUGUUAGCGGAACAACUACAAGUGCAAAGAGGCCAGGUAGCUUUUCUGAUACAAAGGAAUCGACCCAUACGGAUGCUAAGAAGCAUAGGUCUUCAAUGUCACGAUCCCCAUGUCCCACAUUGAAGCUACAGGUUAGGAAAGAGAAACUAGGAGACAGGGUCGCUGCUCUUCAGAAGUUAGUGGCACCUUUUGGCAAGACAGAUACAGCUACUGUGUUAUCAGAAGCCAUUGGGUACAUCCAGUUCCUUCAUGACCAAGUUCAGACACUGAGCGUGCCAUUUAUGAAGUCAUCGCAAAGCAAGUUUUAUAGAACAAUGCAAGGGGGUUCAAGAGUGGAAGGACAGGAAGAGCAGAAGCGUGACCUUAGAAGUAGAGGACUAUGCCUGGUGCCCCAGUCUUCAGCAUCAUAUUUUAUUAAUAGUUGCACUGGUGGGGUAUAG